ACACCAACCUCCAUUUUUUAUAGAAGAGAAGAAACAAAGAGAUAAGAUGAGAGAAGAGAGAUGAGAAUAUUGAAGAUGAUGGUGAGAUAGGAGGGAGUUGAAAGCAUCAGUAGUAGUACUACUGCUUGUACUAUACUAAAGAGGAGGCUAAUUUUGUAGUCCAUCUGAUCAUCAAUUCUAUGUCCCAAAGUUAUCAGCAUGGCAUCCUUAGCAACUUCUCCGAUGAGUAUGCUCGGAGAGACAAACUAAGGGUGCAGCAAGGAUUCAAUCAUAUUCCUAAUCUACUUGUUCCAGUACUACAAGCAGGCCAAGAUCAGGACCAACAAAUUCAAAACAUAUACGAGUCACCGCCACCGCCAUCCGGCGCCGGCAACAUGCUAUCGGAGAUGUUCAACUAUUCAUCAUCAGCUGCCAGUGAUGUACUUCUUGCCAGCCAAGUUCCUGUGAGCUUCAGACAGAGGCCAACCGGUAACAAUAUCGGCAGUUUCUCCGGUGUUGGUGUUGGUGGUGGUGGUGGUGGUGAAAAUUGGUAUGGUAUCAUGAACAGCGGAAGUGGCCUCAACUCAAUUGAUGAACAACCUACACAACAUGUAUUUUUUAUGAAAGGUUCACCUCCUAGUGCUCAUGAUCAUCUCCACAACCAUGAGAGCUCUACUUUUCCGAUGGUUUCGUUCGGCGAAGCAUCGUAUAGCAGUGGUGGAGUAGUGGAAGGUCAGGGUUUAUCCUUAUCAUUGGCUGGUGAUAAUCACCGAGGUCCGAUUGGUUUGAUGAACGUGCUUAGAGGAUCAAAGUUUGUGAGACCUACAAAAGAGCUGCUUGAAGAGUUUUGUAGUGUGGGAAGAGGCAAGCUUAAGAGUAGUGGAAGAAACAGAGUUGGUCAUGGCUCUAUCUCAAACCCUAACCCUAACCCUAACCCUAAUUCCAGUGCUUGUUCUUCUUCUUCUUCAAAGGAUGUUGUUGUUCCUCCCUUGUCUCCUGCUGACAGGUUUGAACACCAGAGGAAGAAGGCCAAGCUACUCUCCAUGCUUGAUGAGGUGGACAGGAGAUACAAUCACUACUGUGACCAAAUGCAAAUGGUAGUGAACUCUUUUGAUGCAGUGAUGGGCUAUGGUUCAGCAACACCAUACACUGCACUAGCUCAAAAGGCGAUGUCGAGGCAUUUCAGGUGUCUCAAAGACGCGGUGUCGGCACAAUUGAAGCAGAUAUGUGAGUUCCUCGGCGAUAAAUCAGCGGGCGGUGGUGGUUCCGGCAUCACUAAAGGAGAGACACCACGGCUUAAGCUUCUUGAUCAAAACCUUAGACGGCAGAGAGCUUUUCACCAUUUGGGCAUGAUGGAACAAGAAGCCUGGAGACCUCAGAGAGGAUUGCCUGAACGUUCUGUCAAUGUCUUGAGAGCUUGGCUUUUUGAACACUUCCUCCAUCCGUACCCAAGUGAUGCAGACAAGCACUUGUUGGCUAGGCAGACAGGCUUAUCAAGAAAUCAGGUAUCAAACUGGUUCAUAAACGCAAGAGUUAGAUUAUGGAAACCAAUGGUGGAGGAGAUGUAUCAACAUGAGGCCAAGGAUCAUGAGGAGUGUGAUGAUAAGGAGAGGAGCAUUGAAGAAAGGCAACAAAGAGCACAAUCACCAACACAGCAUCAUCAUCAACAACAACAUAACACUGAGAAGCCUGAAACCAAUGCAUUAGAAAGUGACAUCUCCUCCCACUCUCAGGGACCAACGUCCAUUUCCUUUCACCAACACCACCACCACGGCCACCACGGCCACCACCACCGGUCUAGCUCAGACGAUGCAAUACUUGCCACCUCUGAGCUUGACGUGCAUGGAGUUCCCGGCGAUGACAUGUUUCGCUUAGCUGCCGUGUAUGGUGGUGUUGCUAAUGCACUUGUCGCCGGAGAUGUGUCACUCACUCUCGGCCUCCGCCAUGCCGGGAAUGGUUCCUCAGCAAAGCCGGAGAAUAACCGGCCGUUUGCUCUCAGGGAUUGUGGAGGUUAGCUAGCUAGUUGGUUUGAACAAAGAGAUCUAAAGAAACCAAAAUUCAAAAGAAAAUCCACAAAGAAGAGCAAAUUCAAAGAUAGAUCUCUUUUUUUAACCAAUUCAUCCUUCUUUACUUUCAUAUUUUUAUGCCAUUGUUUGUCAAUGAUCAUAGACAUAUAUAGGAAUGUGAAAUAGCUAGUUUCUUGUUCAUCCGCCUUAUUUACAAUGUAAAUUGUUAGAAAACAUGCAUAUUUGUUGUGAAGGGAUGGGAUGGGAUUGAAACAAUAGCUUUGAUUAAUUUCCAUGGAGACAUUGCUACUGAA